GAUCCAGAGAGCAGGCGAGAGGAAGCACGUUCCACAGAGACUGGGACGGAGUGAAAAACAGAGUGAUUGGGGAGAGGGGGACGGAGUGAAAAACAGAGUGAUUGGGGAGAGAGACAGUGCAGGCUGAGCGAGAGGAGAAGAGGAAGAGUCUUUCACAUGGACACGAUUCGGCAGGAGAACCUGGCCGAGCGUCUGCUCAUUCCACGCUUUAGGACAGCCCGGGUGAAGGAUAAGCAGUAUGUUGGCUUUGCCACUCUCCCAAACCAGGUGCACAGGAAGUCUGUGAAGAAGGGUUUUGACUUCACCCUCAUGGUAGCAGGGGAGUCUGGCUUAGGGAAGUCCACUCUGGUGAACAGCCUGUUCCUCACAGACCUGUACAAGGACAGGAAGCUGCUGAAUGCUGAAGAGCGCAUCAGCCAGACGGUGGAGAUCAUCAAACACACGGUGGACAUCGAGGAGAAGGGCGUGAAGCUGAAGCUCACAAUUGUGGACACGCCUGGGUUUGGAGAUGCUGUUAAUAAUAAUGAAUGCUGGAAGCCCAUCACAGACUACAUUGACCAGCAGUUUGAGCAGUAUUUCCGGGAUGAAAGUGGCCUCAACAGGAAGAACAUUGUGGACAACCGUGUGCACUGUUGCCUCUAUUUCAUCCCCCCCUUCGGACAUGGAUUGCGGCCGGUGGACGUGGAGUUCAUGAAGGCUCUCCACGAGAAGGUGAACGUGGUGCCUCUCCUCUCCAAGGCCGACUGUCUCACCCCCAUGGAGAUCAAGAAGCUGAAGGACCGGGUAAGAGAGGAGAUUGACAAAUUUGGAAUUAAGGUGUACCAGUUCCCUGACUGUGACUCAGAUGAGGAUGAGGAAUUCAAACAGCAGGAUAAGGAACUGAAGGAAAGCAUUCCCUUCGCAGUGAUUGGAAGCAACACAGUGGUUGAGGCCCGGGGCCAGCGGGUGCGGGGGCGCCUGUACCCCUGGGGUAUCGUGGAAGUGGAAAAUCAAUCACACUGCGACUUUGUGAAGCUGCGCAACAUGCUAAUCCGCACACACAUGCACGACCUGAAGGACGUGACCUGCGACCUUCACUACGAGAACUACCGGGCCCAGUGCAUACAGCAGAUGACCAGUAAACUGACACAGGACAAUCGCAUGGAGAGUCCGAUCCCCAUCCUGCCCCUGCCAACUCCAGAUGUGGAGACUGAGAAGCUGAUCAAGAUGAAAGAUGAGGAGCUGAAGAGGAUGCAGGAGAUGCUGCAGAAGAUGCAGCAGCAGAUGCAGGAGCAUGACCAGUGAUCCUGUCCCCUCCUGCCACAGAGCCUCAGAGACUUUAAAACACAUCCACCACCAAGAGAAAACAUAAUCUGCUAUACAAUACUUCUGUUGUAGGUUAUACAGCCACUCUAAAAUACAGUGAUACAGUGAAAUUUGUUCUUGUCCAUGGUACUAGCCAGGAGCAUGUUCUGUUCGUGGUGCAUUGGAGCCCCCUAAAAGAGGGCCCAAAGAAAAUAUUAAUGUUGAAGCACUCAACCUUUUAUUUUCCUUGAUGUUCAUUUUAAACCUAUUAACAAUAUUAAUGGUAAUAAUGUAUGGUAUACUAUUUAAAUGACAGUAUCUAUUUAUAAAUAUUAUUAUUAUUUAUGUACAUUCAUGGUGAGGAUGUACAUGGGAUGUUUCUAAAAAUUUUAAUUUGCUAUUUUGGUUUGGACCUAUUUUUGUUACUUUGUUUUUGCACACUGCAAAAAAGAAACUUUCUUACAGAUAUUAUUCCAUGAUUGUUGGAAGAUUGUUCCAUGAAAAAAUAAAAAUUUUGUUUAAAAUGUACAUUUUUAUAUAGGCUUUGAGUGGAAUACCACACAAGAAAUAAUAUAAAAUAUAAAAACAGACUUAUCAUUUAUCAAGUAUCAUGUAAGUAUUUCUUAAAUUCCUUUUUUGCAGUGUGAGUGUAAUGGUGAGUGUGUUGCUGAGAGUAAUAGUCUCAGUGUGCUGUUCCCCAGCUGCAGGGGGAAAUGUUAAAGCAGUUUAGUGUCUGAGCAGGAGGGUGAUCUCCAAAAGCUUCAUUUCUUCUGUUGCAAGUGCUUUGCCUUCAGUUGAGCUGACCUGCCGCUGCUGUUGCACUUGACAAUGAGUGGACCACAUGCAAUGUCACACGUGUCCAAAUCUAGCUCAGUACUCAACUGACCUGAAUUACCUGAAAUUGCUUAACUAAAUGACUCAAAAGCAGAGACAAAUUUGGAAGCUAUCAUUUGAGUGUUGUAACGGCAUGGUAAUUGCAUGCCACUCUCUCCUGAUUGGCUCUCUAAAUUGUGUUCUACAGUGCACAUACACACAUUUUUGCCUGUAAAUUAUUCAUGAUUGGAAAGCGGUCAAUCACACUACCACUGCCAGCUACACAUGGGAAAGGGAGGAAGUAUGUCCUGGAAAGCAGUGUGGUUAUGGAGUCGCCCCACUCCCACCCAAUAAUAACUGCAUCUGCACACAAUGCCUUCCAUCUCCACAUAGUCUGACCCUUAGUGGGGCCUCAGCCCUCCCGGACAGCGUGUCACUGGUCCAGGAUCAGUGCUAACAGUGGCAGCACACCUGUUAUAGAGGAAUGAGGGCAGCCAAAUUUCCUUUCCAAACAGUGAGUGCAUGUGGCAUUAGCCUGGUUAAUAAGAGCUGUUUUGUCCACUUCAUUAGCAGUUGUCAUUGCUUUUUAUAGUGUUAGUCCUAUGACAAACUUGAAACUCAUGCACAGGAUUGAUUUGACCACAAAAUAAAUGCUCUCUGUUCAGACCCAA